AUGUAUUUUGAAUUUUGUUUUUUAUCUCUAUUUCUAAAGUUAUCUGGAGCAGUGAUAACCACAUUAAAUGGCACUGAAUAUGAUCGUAUGCCUCCUCUGUACGAGAUGGAUGAUUAUGAGAAAUGUCUCCGAGAACAGCAAGGACUGUACUGUGUCGUCAACAUAACGCUAUCAGCCUCUCCAGACAAUGAUCUUAUGCGUAUGAUAAGGGAAUAUUCAGAAUUGCCGAUACAUUAUAACCACACAUCUGUCGAUCGUGGUAUAUGCGUUACCAGCAAGUGUAAAAGAUUUCUAACAGAUACGAAUGGACGGCGUGAUCUACAUAACAGCCUUGAAACAUGCGUCAAGCAAUCCUUCUAUAGAAAAUAUCAAUUGAACGCGAAUCUAGCAAAAAUUUACUAUUGUAAAGGAUCAAACGAUAAAAACAAUUUUGAUUUAGGGGAUGGGAUCUUUGGCAGCGUUAUUACGUUGAUAAUAGCAAUUAACAUAAUAUCAUCUAUAUAUGACAUAUAUUUACGGAACUUUCGUGAUGACACCGGUAACAAGUAUAUCUUAUGUUUUUCAAUAAUAAAAAAUGUGGAGCACUUAAUGUCACAUCAGACCAGUCCGAAUUUUGAGAGAUUUGCUGGUAUUAAUGGUUUGAGGACUAUUUUAUCAUUUUCAAUGGUGCUUGGACAUGUGAUGUUUAUUUUUGGCUGCGGUUUCCUUGAUAAUCCAGGUGAUUUUGAGGCGGCCUACCAUAACCCACUGGCAUACAUUAUAUUCAACGGAACUCUGAUAGUACAAGGCUAUUUUAUGAUGUCUGGAUGCUUGCUCAGUUAUACACUCGCUUUAAACUCACAGAUUCUAGCUAAAUGGACACUUAUUCCAAUAGCCAUGUUUUACAGGUGGUGCAGGCUAACUCCGGCACUCGCUGUGCUUCUUGGUUUUAUGACAACCUGGUACCGACAUGUUGGUUCCGGACCUCUAUGGGACUUCUACGUAUCUCCUGUUAUCAACGACUGUAGAACACAUUGGUUAUCCCAUAUACUAUAUUUCAACAACUUCAGUAUAAGAAGCAACAACACGUGCAGCAUGCAUACAUGGCAUAUUGCAGCUGACACCCAAAUGUUUGCAAUAGCACUGAUCAUACUUUUUGCAUUUAAAACCUAUCGCAGUAGAACUAUUGGCAUUCUUCUACUGUUUCUGGUAGGUUGUGUCUGCCCGGCUUUGCAUGACUGGCUCCAAGAUGUGAAUGGAGUUUUAAUAAAAUAUCCUGAAUUUUACCGCACAUACAAGGACGAUAGCUUUCGCUUAGUUUACGUUUCCUUUUACAACAGUCUUAGUUGUUUUGCAAUAGGAUUACAAUUGGGCCUAAUAUUCCAUAAAUACAGGAAUUCAUCAAUGAAAUUUAUAUUUCCAUUUAAGAGAUUUAUCAGCGUGAUGGUGUGGUUUAUUGUGCCUAUGUUUUUGCUCGUUCUGAUGUCUGGUUAUGCCGUUUACCCAAACGGCGAGCGGCCUUCCCUCCCUCUUCGCAUCGCGUACUCGGCUCUUCAUAGACCCAUGCUUGGGGUCGUAGUAGCCAUUGGCUUUAUUAUAGUCUUUUUUAAUAUUGAAGAUAGCUUCCGUUCUAUAUUCGAAUGGUCCGGAUGGCGAAUACCAAGUAGAUUGACGUAUGGCGUUUUUUUGGUACACUUUUCUAUCGUUCAGUAUAUUCAGGGAUCAAGAACUCAAUUGUUUAAUUUCUCAUACUUUAACCUGAUGUUAAUGCACCUGGGCGUGGUCUGGCUGUCAUAUCUGGUAGCGAUCCCAGUGUACUUGUUGGUGGAGAGUCCAAUUUCAAAGAUUGUUAAGAUCUGCUUAGUUCCUGAACGUCCGCAACUUAAAAAGAAGAAUUAA